AUGACUGCUGCGAGGGGAACAAUGGGCUACAUUGCACCCGAGAUCUAUUGUAGAAAUUUUGGAACAGUGUCUUAUAAAUCAGAUGUCUAUAGUUUUGGAAUGUUGGUGCUGGAAAUGGUGGGUGGUAGAAAGAAUGUUGAUCCUGAUAUCGAGAAAACAAGCGAGAUAUAUUUUUCAGAGUGGGUAUAUGGCCAGAUAGUACAAGGUCAUGAUCUAGGAUUGGUGAUGCAGAGGAAUGGAGUUGAAGAAGAUAUCGCCAAAAAGCUUGCUAUAAUAGCAUUGUGGUGCAUACAGUGGAAUCCAAGGUCAUGA